AAAUUUUAUUUCUUCUUCUAUCUAUCCCCAGUCUCUGCGAGUCUUGUUUAGUUUUCAGGUUCUCUCUCUAAUCUGUCUCAUUACCCUUCUCUCUCUAGAAAAAAGACAACCAUGGUGGAAUAACAAUCUAAUCUAAUCUAUCUAAUGACAAAAAAAUCGUCUUCAUAGUUAACUUAUAAAAAAAAUUGCAGCUUUGUGUUCCUAACGGUGUGUUUGGAUGUUCCUCCAGUGAUGAAUCCAAAGUCUUGUCUUUCACACCUUCCUUUUCUCCCAUCACACAAGUCUUUCAUGGAGAUUUGAAGAAUCUAGGGUUUCACGAAGUUCCAGCCGAAGGUCAUCUCUUUCUAUAACCAUUGAUUCUCUUUCAUGUCUUGUUUUGCUGAUUCCCUUCUGAAUCUGAACUUUAAACUGCUGUCCUGCUUCAAAGAUGCCACUUUUGCUGAGUUGAAGUUCUUGAGUUUGUUUGAAGAACACAACAAACUGAGAUUCUUUGGUUUGUUGUGUUGAAGAUGUGCUUUAGUCACUUUUGUGUUGAUUUUUUCAUGGAUUAUGGAAGAUGUAAUGAUGGGUUGUUUAGAUUUUAGGAAUUAGGGAUUGUUUAGUUUUCUCUUUUUCUUUUUUUAUAUAUAUUUAUCUGUUCUUUCUGGGAAUUACUUGAAGAUGGAGGAAAUUGAGGAAGCAAACAGGGAAGCGGUUGAGAGUUGCCAUAGGGUGAUUAGUUUGUUAUCUCAUUCUAAUACUGAUCAGAGUUCAUAUGGGAAAUUAAGUGUAGAAACUGGGGAGGCUGUUCAUAAGUUCAAAAAAGUUGUCUCUAAGCUGAAUUCUACCUUGGGUCAUGCUAGGGUUAGAAAAGUCAAGAAAAUCCAAACCCAUUUACCUCCUAACAUUCUUCUCGAAAACCCGCUUCUCUGGAGACCCCACCAUGACCACCCUCAAUCAGCUUUGCAGCUUCUUCCAGCCAUUCCCAUGGAUAACCAGAACCAGGAUAGGAGUUGUACUCUCACAUUGAGAAGUCCUUCGUAUGACUUGAAUGGAAAGGCCCCGAUUCAGCCACCCCACCACCAUUACCACACCCAAGCACCCAUGGCAAAUUAUAACUUCCUCCAACAGAAACUAGUUCCGGUUUACCGGCGGAGCAAUAGUGGAAUCAGUCUUAAUUUUGAUAGCUCCACUUGCACUUCAAAUCGGUCGUUUAUGUCUUCACUAAGUAUUGACGGGAGCAUUGCGAAUAUUGACGGAAACGGCUUUCAUUUGAUCGGGGGGUCGCGCUCUGCUGACCUCAGUGCGUAUCAGCAACAAAACAAGAAAAAGUGUUCCGGCGGGAGGGGUGAAGAUGGAAGUACCAAAUGUGGAAGCAGUAGUAGGUGCCAUUGUUCUAAGAAGAGGUCUGUUGUAUUAUAUUAUUAUUUUCUGCUGUUUUUUAUAUUCUUUUCUUCACGUUACUCACAAAUGGUAUUGUUUUGGGACAGGAAACAUAGGGUGAAAAGGUCAAUUAAAGUUCCUGCUAUUAGUAACAAGUUAGCUGAUAUUCCUCAGGAUGAAUAUUCUUGGAGGAAGUAUGGGCAAAAACCUAUCAAAGGUUCUCCUCACCCAAGGGGAUACUAUAAGUGCAGUAGCAUGAGAGGCUGCCC